GUUUCCUAUUCCAUAACACUUCUAUUGAAAGAGCGUUUGAACAGAGUUCAAGAAUACUGAAGCAAGAUACAAAAUGUGGUUCUCGUGCCUCCUGUUAUUUGCCAUUAUUCAGCAGUCAAAUCAGGACUGUGAUGGAAAUCCAGCAGGAAGGACUUCCCCUACAACAACUGCAACUUUGACAUAUUCCACAACCGUUUCAGCAUUGGCACAAGAAGUAAACAGAUCUGGAAGCUCUUCAACUGAAAUGACAAAUUUGUCCGGUUCUACAGAAACAACAUCAGCAUCAACAGCUUCCACAACUUCUGCAACCACGGGAGCAAGCACACCCACAAAGCAAAAUACAACUUUGACCCCUUCUACAACUGAGUCAACAUCAACAGUGACAGAUCAAAGCACGUUAACUUCCACUGCUUCAACAACAGUUUCUGUGACAAGCAGCAAAACAACAGGUUCAACAACAUCUGCAACCACCAGAGGAAGCAUGUCCACAGAGCAAAAUUCAACUUUAACCUCUUCUACAAUGGAGACAACAUCAACAGUAACAGUUUCUACAACUUCCAAUCCUGCAAGAGGAAGCACGUCCACAGAUCAAAGUACAACUAUGACCCGUUCUACAACUGAGUCAACAUCAGUGCUGACAGAUAUGAUAUUUACAUCUUCAGUUACAGAACCAAGCACAUCAACGGAAACUUCUUCGACAACAUCUCCUGCCACAAACAGUGAAAUCCCAGAUUCUACAUUGUCUGAAACUCCAGGAGUGAGCACAUCCACAGAGAAAAGUACAACUUCGACCCAUUAUCCUACUGAAUCAACAUCAUCAGUGACAGCUUCUGCAUCUUCCGAAACUCCAGGAGUGAGCAGAUCCACAGAGCAAAGUACAACUUUGACCCCUUAUCCUACUGAAUCAACAUCAACAGUGACAGAACCCAGCACGCCUGCUACCACUCCUUUCACCGCAACAUCUGCCACAAGUGGGAAAACAACAGAUUCUACAUUGUCUGAAACUCCAGGAGUGAGCACAUCCACAGAGAAAAGUACAACUUCGACCCAUUAUCCUACUGAAUCAACAUCAUCAGUGACAGCUUCUGCAUCUUCCGAAACUCCAGGAGUGAGCAGAUCCACAGAGCAAAGUACAACUUUGACCCCUUAUCCUACUGAAUCAACAUCAACAGUGACAGAACCCAGCACGCCUGCUACCACUCCUUUCACCGCAACAUCUGCCACAAGUGGGAAAACAACAGAUUCUACAUUGUCUGAAACUCCAGGAGUGAGCACAUCCACAGAGAAAAGUACAACUUCGACCCAUUAUCCUACUGAAUCAACAUCAUCAGUGACAGCUUCUGCAUCUUCCGAAACUCCAGGAGUGAGCAGAUCCACAGAGCAAAGUACAACUUUGACCCCUUAUCCUACUGAAUCAACAUCAACAGUGACAGAACCCAGCACGCCUGCUACCACUCCUUUCACCGCAACAUCUGCCACAAGUGGGAAAACAACAGAUUCUACAUUGUCUGAAACUCCAGGAGUGAGCACAUCCACAGAGAAAAGUACAACUUCGACCCAUUAUCCUACUGAAUCAACAUCAUCAGUGACAGCUUCUGCAUCUUCCGAAACUCCAGGAGUGAGCAGAUCCACAGAGCAAAGUACAACUUUGACCCCUUAUCCUACUGAAUCAACAUCAACAGUGACAGAACCCAGCACGCCUGCUACCACUCCUUUCACCGCAACAUCUGCCACAAGUGGGAAAACAACAGAUUCUACAUUGUCUGAAACUCCAGGAGUGAGCACAUCCACAGAGAAAAGUACAACUUCGACCCAUUAUCCUACUGAAUCAACAUCAUCAGUGACAGCUUCUGCAUCUUCCGAAACUCCAGGAGUGAGCAGAUCCACAGAGCAAAGUACAACUUUGACCCCUUAUCCUACUGAAUCAACAUCAACAGUGACAGAACCCAGCACGCCUGCUACCACUCCUUUCACCGCAACAUCUGCCACAAGUGGGAAAACAACAGAUUCUACAUUGUCUGAAACUCCAGGAGUGAGCACAUCCACAGAGAAAAGUACAACUUCGACCCAUUAUCCUACUGAAUCAACAUCAUCAGUGACAGCUUCUGCAUCUUCCGAAACUCCAGGAGUGAGCAGAUCCACAGAGCAAAGUACAACUUUGACCCCUUAUCCUACUGAAUCAACAUCAACAGUGACAGAACCCAGCACGCCUGCUACCACUCCUUUCACCGCAACAUCUGCCACAAGUGGGAAAACAACAGAUUCUACAUUGUCUGAAACUCCAGGAGUGAGCACAUCCACAGAGAAAAGUACAACUUCGACCCAUUAUCCUACUGAAUCAACAUCAUCAGUGACAGCUUCUGCAUCUUCCGAAACUCCAGGAGUGAGCAGAUCCACAGAGCAAAGUACAACUUUGACCCCUUAUCCUACUGAAUCAACAUCAACAGUGACAGAACCCAGCACGCCUGCUACCACUCCUUUCACCGCAACAUCUGCCACAAGUGGGAAAACAACAGAUUCUACAUUGUCUGAAACUCCAGGAGUGAGCACAUCCACAGAGAAAAGUACAACUUCGACCCAUUAUCCUACUGAAUCAACAUCAUCAGUGACAGCUUCUGCAUCUUCCGAAACUCCAGGAGUGAGCAGAUCCACAGAGCAAAGUACAACUUUGACCCCUUAUCCUACUGAAUCAACAUCAACAGUGACAGAACCCAGCACGCCUGCUACCACUCCUUUCACCGCAACAUCUGCCACAAGUGGGAAAACAACAGAUUCUACAUUGUCUGAAACUCCAGGAGUGAGCACAUCCACAGAGAAAAGUACAACUUCGACCCAUUAUCCUACUGAAUCAACAUCAUCAGUGACAGCUUCUGCAUCUUCCGAAACUCCAGGAGUGAGCAGAUCCACAGAGCAAAGUACAACUUUGACCCCUUAUCCUACUGAAUCAACAUCAACAGUGACAGAACCCAGCACGCCUGCUACCACUCCUUUCACCGCAACAUCUGCCACAAGUGGGAAAACAACAGGUACGAAAAUACAACCCAAAUAUCCACUGUCUAAUCUUUCCAAGAUAUGA